CAGGCACCCGUACGUGUGUGAGCACCCUGCCUGCGGCGCUGCCCUGCCCCGCACACCACGGCCCCGGCCCCGGCACCGAGCGGAGCCGCGGGCGGGCCGACGGGAGGGUUGCGGCCGCGCCCCGGUCCGGGCGGGUGCCUCGCACCGCCCCGUCCGCAUCCCGGUCCCCGCCGAGGCCAGGCUGGAUCCGCCGGCCCCCAUGCAUCGGGAAGGGGCCCCCGCGGCCGAGGUGAAGGUGGUGGUCGUGGGGGACGGGGGCUGCGGGAAGACGUCUCUGCUGGUGGCGUUCGCCAGGGGCGACUUCCCAAAGGUCUAUGUCCCCACCGUAUUCGAGAAGUACACAGCCUCCCUCCAGGUUGCUGGCAAGCCUGUGAAGAUCCACCUCUGGGACACUGCAGGACAGGAAGACUAUGACCGGCUUCGCCCAUUGUCCUACUCGGAUGCCAAUGUUGUCCUCAUCUGCUUUGACGUCACCGACCCCAGCAGCUACAACAACAUCCUAACAAAGUGGUACCCAGAGGUGAACCACUUCUGCAAGAGCAUCCCGGUGCUGCUGGUGGGCUGCAAGACCGACCUGCGGCGAGACCAUGCAGUGCUGCGCAAGCUGCAGGAGGGGCGCUUGGAGCCCGUGUCCCACCACCAGGGAGAGGCCAUGGCCCGGCAGGUCCAUGCAGUGUCCUACCUGGAGUGCUCGGCCAGGUACCAGGAGAACAUCAGCAGCAUCUUCACAGAGGCCUGCAGGGCUGCCCUCAGUGCUGCCCACCGCAGCCAGCGCAGGAGGAGACCCAAGAGGGGCUGCGUGCUCUGCUGAGCCCCACACCAUGGCUAUGGGGAACCAGCGUGAGCCAGCACCUCGGCUCCCAGCUGCUGCUGGGGAUCAUCAGCCACCACCGGCCCUCCGCUGCUACCGCUAUCACCCUGCAAUGGGUCUGGGUGCAGAGAACUGAUUUGGGGGGGGGGGGGGGCAUUCCUGCUGGCUGGCCAGUGAGGGAGGGGUGCCAUGGGGUGAACGCGGUGCAGU